AUGCCCGAAAGUGAACAAGAGAGGGAAAGCAUGGCUAAGACACCAUAUACAAGUGCCGUAGGUUGUAUCAUGUAUUUGAUGGUGUGUACUAGACGGGACAUCGCUCAUGCGAUUAGUGUGGUGAGUAGAUUUAUGAGUAAUCCGAGAAAACCAUAUUGGCAGGCUUUGCGAUGGAUUCUAAGGUAUUUGAAGGGAUCCAUGGAUGUUGGCUUAUUAUAUCAGAAAGAGAAUAAUGGUAAUGGUGAUUGUGUUGUCGGAUAUUGUGAUGCGGACCUUGAAAGUUAUCAGGACAAGAGAAAGUCCUUAAUGGGUUAUAUAUUUUCAUCUUGGGGUAAUACAAUUAGUUGGAGAGCAUUGUUGCAACCGGUGGUUGCACUCUCAAGUACUGAAACUGAAUAUAUGGCUGCCACGAAAGAAACAAGAAAGGCAUUCUGGUUAAAAUGGUUGGUAAAUGAGCUUGGUGUUCCCCAAAACCAAGUCAUUGUGCAUUGUGACAACCAAAGUGCAAUCUUCUUGGCAAAGAAUCAAGCCUUCUCGGACUGUACAAAGCCUAUCAAGAAGAAGUACUACUUUGUUCGAGAAUUGAUCGAUAAAGGUGAAGUGGAUUUGGUGAAGAUUGCGGGUGAAAAGAAUUUGAUGGAUAUGUUAACCAAGGUAGUUCCAACAGAGAAGCUUAGGCUCUGUUUGAGUCUAAGCAAUGUGCAAAGCAAGUGA